AUGAGCGACUUUCCACCUCCAGGGACUCCUAUAAAGACAAGGGGUUUCAGAGAGGUGUGCGAGGUCGAUGGGCGUACAUUCUUCAAGAAGAAAGGUGCACAGGAGUGGACCGAGGACACUUCUAAUCCAGAUGAGUUGAAGCCACCCGUCGAAAACCCCCAUCUCUAUCUCUACCUCGUCCAAGCAAAACAAGCCCCCGGAGAGCCAAACCAUUGGGCAUUGUUCCUUGCCGACGAAAACGAGCCGGACUACGGUUAUAUUUAUCAAGUCACCGGAGAUGCAGCGGACAUGAAAUACGAGCCGUCGGCUGCAAAGAUCAAUGUUAUGGAUACGGGCCUGGGCCUCUGUUCAAAUGUCUAUACACUGGCUGUUGUGUCUCAGGAACAGGCUAGGGCGGCGAGACUGGUGAAAGAGGCUGCAGAUUCGGAGCCUCCCCCACAAGCGGAAAAUCAUAAGGCUGUUACGGAGAAUUGUCAGGGGUGGACGGUGCGUGUUAUCGAGAAGCUGGUUGAAGAGAAGAUUGUUAUGCCUCAAAAGCUUGAAGUGGUAAGGUCUUUGAUGCAGGAAGUCUGA